CUAUUCAGUAACUCCAGCUGCAGACAUAGAAAUGAUCUCCAUGUGACAUCAAGAGGUCUCCCUUCUCAUCACAUAAUGUUCCUUAAGACGCACAAAACUGGUUCGAGCACUUUCAUCAACAUCCUCUUUCGUUAUGGAGACAGGAGAAAUCUUACUUUUGUUCUUGGAGCCUAUCACCUAAAGUGGCCACAAAGAUUCCGCAUAUCUAGCGCCGUUCCUAUCCACAGGCAGCCUAACAUUUUGUGCAGCCAUACAAGAUUUAACAAGAAAUCUUUAAACUGGCUUUUUCCUCCCGAAACUAGCAAGUACGUCACAAUUCUUAGAAAUCCGGUGGAUAAUUUUGAGUCUACCUUCAACUAUUACCAUCUGGGAACACAAUUUGGCCUAGGAACAGAUCCCGUCGUUUCACUGGAAAAAUUUCUAGAAAGACCGUCUUCAUAUUAUUACACCUCCGGUAAAUUUGUAGUGAAAAGUUUCUCUUCAAGAAACCCGAUGAUGUUUGAUUUGGGCUUAAGCCUCAGAUGUUUCCAAAAUUAUACAGCUGUUACCGAUUACAUUAACUUUUUAAACAAAGAGUUUGAUUUGGUUAUGAUUAUGGAUUACUUUGACGAAUCAUUAGUAUUGUUGAAGCGACUGUUGGGUUGGGAAAUAGAAGAUAUUUUGUAUGUGAAGGUCAACGAAAGACUAGACAAAGAAAAGGCUUUUCACCUAAGUGACAGAGUUCAGGAAAACAUAAAACGGUGGAAUAAGGCAGACGUUUUGUUAUUUAAUUAUUUCAAUGCAACUUUUUGGGGAAAGGUAGAAAUGGAAGGUUCAGGGUUUUACGAGGACCUGUCUGCUUUCCGUAAAAGGAGAUUGAAGCUUGAACAACUGUGUUUUACCAGUUAUGGAACUGAAAUGCAGCGGAUUUGGCGUCGAAAAUUUACCAAAGGUUAUUCCAUUAGGAAUGAUUUGAAUUCAAGUUUUAAAUAUGUUUGCAAUCACUUGAUCAAAAGGGAAGACAGUUACCUAGAUGCCCUGCGUAAAAAGCGUUGGGACGAAUUGGCGUCAGAGGUUGAGGAACAGACCAAGAUUGAUGACUUAACUAGUUGGGACGAGGCAAAAGAUUUGCAAUACGUACCAGUGGAAACUAUACACGGCAAAACUCGAUAA